UUAGUUAGAGUUGGUCAUACUGUUUGGCUAUUUGACAGAUUCAAUAAUAUUCUUCAAACAAAUCCAACAGUAUUUAUUAUUAUUAAAAUUACUUUCGUUUUACAAUCAAGACUUUAAAUUUCGUGUUGACUGGUUUAUAUUGAAGAAAGCGAAUAUGUGUUUUAUGAUAUAAAAAAGAUGGAAUCUGAUCGAAUACUGGUAGCUGCAGGCUUGACCGCAGCUGCAGUUGUUGGUGCAUUUGUCUUUUGGGGCCCUGCGACAACGUCUGGUAGCGGUCGAGGGCGUUUAGCUGGUUUGGUCAAUUUGGGGAAGACCUGUUUUCUCAAUGCUGUUUUGCAUGCACUGGCAGCUUGUCCGCAAUUUAUUGAAUGGUUGGAAAAGGACAGAUGUGUGAAGGAAACAAGCCUAAGAAGAACUUUGGCAACUGUCUUAUCAGUUGUUAAUGGCACUAAUAAGUCCGUUAAGGAAACUUACGCACCAGCUGCUGUUAUUAAUGCUUUAAAACGGCUUGGUUGGGUUAUCCCCGCUGGCGAGCAAGACGCUCACGAAUUACUAAAUGUGCUUCUAACAACUUUGGACGAAGAGACUCAUAAAAUUACCAGAAAAGCUGGUUGUUUAUCCGAUGCUUUGGGCAUGAAUGAAUUGGAUGUCACUGAACCAGAAGAGGAAACUUCCGAAUUUAAUACUUUAGGCAGUGUUAUGUCCUUAAAUGAAUUAUGUAGACCAAGCAGUUUAAAUUGGAGAGGAACUGCAAUUAGGCGAAAUCGAUGGAUUUCUAGGUCUUGUAGGGCUUUGCAAAUGUCUGGACCUCCACAACAGCCCGUUUCACAUCCUUUUACUGGUACUUUAACCAGUCAAUUAAGGUGUACUGAAUGCGGACAUAAGUCUAGCGUUCGUUAUGAUAAAUUUGAAAGUCUUUCAUUGGCAUUACCCAGUGGAGCGGGCGAUUUGGGUUGGGGAAGACAUAAAUUACAUCAGUUACUUACGAAUUUUGUUACUCCAGAAGUUGUACCUGACGUUCAAUGUGAAGGUUGUAACAGUGGCCGUGAUCCGGCGAUGCCGGCGAUUUUGUCCAAACAAAUUAAAAUACUUAAUUUUGGAAAGCUCCCGGUGUGUCUUUGCAUACAUAUAUCUCGUAACACUUGGCAGCCAGGUGGAAUAUCGAAACGCCAAGAUUAUGUCCAAUUUCCAAUGCGAUUGUCUUUGGCAGCGUACACUUUUGUCCAUGCUCAUUAUCAGCGAAAAUUAACCAAUUCAGUGUACACAAGUACAAGUGAAGGUGGGAGCCCAUUAUCGAGUAGUAUGCCCAUGUCAUGGGGUGUGGGGUCUUUGUCAGAAAUGGCAAACGAAUUUCGAAAUGUUUACCAAUUGGCUGCGGUUGUGGUCCAUACAGGGGAUGCACAUUCCGGACAUUUCAUUACUUAUAGGAGGGGACACCACAAUACCAAGUGGUAUUAUACGUCUGAUGUAGAGAUACGCGAGGUAAUGGUCGACGAAGUAUUGCAAAGUACAGCUUAUAUGCUUUUUUAUGAGAGAACUUCCAAUUUGAGUGGAUUUUAGUCAUUCUGUUGUGAUUUUUUACGCAUUUAGUAAGCUUAUUUUUAGGUUUAUUAUGUUCCUAUUUAAUAUACAGGGUGAUUCUUUUCGGCCUCCAUUAGAAACUUUUUAACUUUGAAAUUUUAUACAGCUCGAAAAUUGACCAUAAUUAAAAUUGAACUAAAUUAUUUUGAAAAUGAGCUGAACUUUAGUUACUAUUAAUUAGUAUCUUAGUUUUAGCGUCUUUUUCCAAAGCUUCCUUAAUUAACAUCGAAAAUAUAGGACUAAAACUCGUUUUUUAUUAUUAUUUCAAUAAACUGUAUAAGUUUAAAAUUAAAUUUGAUGUUCUUUCGAUUGCCAUCGAAAAAAUAGGCUUAUUACACUUUCCAGAAAUCAGAUUAACCUUGAAAUUUGACAAUAUUCAACUACCUUAGAACAUUCUUCAACCUUUGGUUAUAAAAAUGCAAACAAUUGUUAUUUAUGUUGCAAGUGGGUUAAGUUGUAUGUUACCCACGCAACAAACAUAGUGCACGAGGCGAGUACUGAGUGUUGAUAAGCUUGCAAAUAUUCGUACAUGUUUAAUAUAAGUUAUAGGAAAACAAAUAUAAUAAAAAUUUCGACAAAAAAUUAAUAGCCUAAAGAACUUAACGUUUUACUUAGUUUGAGAAGGAGAAUUAAAAAAUACGACAAAAUGACUGAAUACUAUUUCAAAAUUGGCGCCAAUUUCUCGUAGUUACGAUAGUUCAGCAAUUUUGAAAAUAAUUUGGCUGAAUUGAGAACGGUUGAUUUUGGUUCUGUUCAAAAUGUCAAAGCUGUAUCUGCAUUGGAAGUUAAAAGAAAAGAAUAACCCAUUAUAGGUUGAAUCCGUUAAAAGUAAAUUCUCACUGUACUUCAAAAACUAAUAAUUACCCAAAAUUUAGCGUUUUUCGUUAAAUACUUGUUUGUUUUCUUUAGGCAUGUGCAUUUUUUCAGAAUUCUGAUACAAGAAUCACGUAUAAUAUUAAUUAAUAAAUUAUAAUGAAUUUCAUUAAGAAAUUUGUUUUUUAUCCCGUUCUAAAACAAAAGUUCUAUUAAUUACAAUUUUAGUUUGUUUAAUUAUCACUUUCUAUAAAGAAUGGCAGAAAAAAUCCACAUGCAUAGGAAAAAAAAUAAAAUGUUUAAUAGCAAUUUUUUAAAUACAGUAAAGAACGCUUUUAACAGACUCACCUUGUAUGAGAAAUGGUCCGGUCACAUAAACCUUCAAAUCAAAAUUUUACUUGAAUUUUUGAGAUAAUUUACUGUGGAAGUACUAGUAGUUAUUUUAAAAAUGUUGAGCCAAAGAUUUUUUUCUAGGAGUGUUUGUUUCAAUAUUACUCAAAAAAGGUAAGAGCUAGGAAAAAUAAAAAAAACAUAAAUUAUUCGUAAUUAAAAUUGUAAAGCGUAAAAUUCUACGAGUACAUAAAAAAUGGUUUAUCUAAAAUUAACAAAAUGGUUAGAAGUAAAAUCAUAAUACGUAGAACAUUGGAAAAUCGUAAGAUAAAAUCAUGAUAAAAUUGAAAUACGAAGGUCUUUUUCAUUUGGAACUGCCUUCAUUGUGAGAAACAUGUUUUUGUAAACAUUUUGAAAACUAGAAUUGGGAAGGUUUUGUGUUUCUAUCUUUCUUUUUUUUUCAAAAUUCCACAAUAAAUGUAGACGAUGAAUGACAAAAUAGGAAAUUUAUUUUUCUUGUAACAUGUCAUAUUUGUGUAGUGAAAUGAAAUAAAUUGACAUCAAAUAAGUUUUUGGUGCCACAACUCACUAAGGUAUGCAAUUCAAAGUUAAGCAUUUUGAUUUCACAGAAAUCACAUCAAAAAUUCAAGUAUAUCCUCCACAAUUUUGAUUGAAGGCGUACUUGACAUGACUCAAACUCACUAUUAUUGUGCCAUUUAUUUAAGUUGCCCAAUGCCCCGUCCUUACUCUCCAUGUACGAGUAUUGCACAAUUUUUUUGACCAGAUGUAUAUUUUUGAAAGUUUUCCUCUUCACAUCUAAAGACUCUUAGCUUAAGUAUGAAGUGUACAAUUUUAUUCGAUUGUUAUGCGAGAAAUAAAUUAUGUUGUGAACUAUUUGUAUAGAGUAUAUUUAAAAAUAAAUCGGAAUAUAAUUGCUGUUGUUUUUAUAA